UGCGCCCCCCCCCCCUUCUUUGGGGGGCUGGCAGGGAGGGCAGCAUGGUGUGGAGUGUAGCUGGGGCUUCAGAAUAUGAGGUGUAGGAGUGAAUAGGGGACCCCAGGGUAGGGGCAACAUGGUGUAAAACCAUUGCUGCAGUCAAGCAGGGUUGCCAACCCAAUAAAUUUUUGUAUGCACAAUCUACAAACUUUUUCCUAACAACCAAAUAUUAUUACUGUGGUUGGCGUUAAACCUUAAAUUUGAACCCACCCCUAGCAGAAGAGUUACAUUUAUAUUAUGUAGACCACAUAUUGAAAUCAUACAUCAGUAAAAAGUUUGCAGACUGCCAGUAAAAAAACCUGGAUGGUAAGAUCCUGGGGCAGUCAGUUCCCAACUGAGAAAAAAUUCCUUUUGGCAAAGAGCUGCAGCAGCUCAAACAGGAAUUUGCUUUCCAGACUUGCUGCAGCCUCCAGUGCUGCAAGGUGGCCUGGGCCUACGCAACUGCCCACUAUGUGACUUUCCUUCCUUUCAGAUGUUCACCACCACUCCCCAGGGACCUGCUCAGCCCAGUGGCACCUCCUGGUCUCCAGUGCCAGUCUCGGCACCAUGUUCCCUACAGCACCUGAUUCUUUCUUUGGGGUCCCCUACCCAAGUGCAGACCUAGCCCAACCUUGCUUAUCUUACGGGCUCUGGCCCAGGGUAGUGCAUGAAGUGACUUGGUUAAAUAUGACAUAUAGGUGAGCUGAGAGACCAGGACAAACCCUUUGGAGAACAUUGUGGUUUCCAAAUGGGAAUCCCCACAGAAAAAAAAAAAAACCUCUUCUCUUCCCCUGGGUUUGCCUCUCCUUCCUCUGACUCUUUCCUUUGCAGUUUCAGAGGGUCACCUGAAAGCAUGUGCAGUGCUAUCUCCACCCCCAUCCACUAGUUUUUCUUUCCCUUCCCUGUGGCUUCAUGACCGUUUUUCCCCUUCUUGGUCUUGUAUCUCUGUUUUCCCACUUCCGUAGCAGGGGACACCCACACACUAUCUCCUUCCCCAGCCCCAUGCUGAAGCCUAUUUAUAUAGAAGCCCUUGUCUCACUUAGCCCACAUGACAGUGCAGGGGCUGCCAGCUCCUGGAGCCCAUCAUGUCUCUCUGUGGCCACCAGCUGUCUGAAAGAGGAUGCCUACUGCUCUGGCUGCUCCCGUCUGUUCUCAAAGCACAGCUCAGUGGGGAAGUGAGCCCACAGCCUCUGCCCUGCCAGCAGACCAUGCCUCAGGUGUCAUGUCAAGGUUUGGGUCUCCGCACAUUCCCAGAGCAGCUUGGACCUGGGGUUAAGCAGCUUGACCUGUCAAACAACUUCAUCCGUAACCUGACAGAAAGCUGCAUUUCACACUUCAGGCAGCUGGAGCACCUGAAUAUACGCUUCAACCAGUUGGAAACUGUGUCAGAAAUGGCCCUGGCUCAUCUCACUCAUCUUCACACUCUCCUCCUGGCUGCAAACAACCUUGACCGGAAUUAUUUCACCAAUGGAAGAGCCUUCAGGUGGCUGAGAAGUCUGGAGACCCUGGACCUUUCAGCAAAUAACUUGGACAGUGAUAUGGCAGCCUGGUACUUCAGUAAUCUCACCUCUUUAAAGAAGCUGGAUCUGUCUUGGAAUGAAAUGACUAGGCUGCCAAGGGAUGUCUUCCAGGGUAUGCUGAAGCUGAGAGAGAUCAAUCUUAACAACAACUUGAUCAUGGAGAUAGAAGAAGGCGCAUUUGAGCCUCUGGUAGGCUUGAAGGUGGUAAAUUUAGCUAUGAAUUCCCUUCACUGUAUCUCAGGCUUCAGCCUCACACAGCUGCAAGUGCUAAACCUUAGCUACAAUGCCCUGGAGUUCUUUGCCUCAGAGCAGGGGGAGGAGAUCUACCAGCUUCAGAUACUAGAUCUGAGUCAUAACAGCCUGAUCUACUUUCCAAAGCUCCCCAAGGUGCACCACCUCACACACUUAAACCUCUCCAACAAUGCCAUCAUCUCCUUGGCACCAAAUUCUACCACUACAGCUGAGUUCACCCUGUGGCAUGAAAAAACAGUGAGACCUAACAUGUCCUUGGAUGUUUAUAAUAUAGCUACUAGCCUGGCAAAAGUGACUGACUUAGAUCUCAGCAAUAACCAGCUGAGUUUGUUCCCAUUUACUUUCUUUCACAAUCUAAGCUCUCUCCAAAAUCUCAAUAUGGCUAUGAACUGUCUCCAGGAUAUCACCAUGGAGUCUUCUCAUGGUGAUAUUGAGAGCAACAAGCCAGUGGUGAUGCAGGGACCUGUCCUCUCUGUGUGGUCACUGGAUCUCCAAAGCAAUUCAAUUCAUUCUUUGCCACGCUGUUUUUUUGAUAUGAUGCCCAAACUGGAAACAAUUGACCUUGGUUCCAACAGCCUCCAGCCUUGCCAGAGCUGUGACACUAAUGAAAGAGAAGUUCUUAUGGAACAUAACUCAGCUCACAAAGGUAAGUGCACAUCUUUCUGCAGCAUAUCUCACUUGAAGCAUCUAAGUUUACGUAGGAACAACAUUGUCAAGCUGUAUCCCUAUAUGUUUAACCAAACCUCUUUGGUCUCUUUGGAUCUGUCUGAGAAUGAAGGCUUGUCCAUGCCAAAAGGAUCCCUGGACAGUUUGGAAUUUUCUUUGCAGAAGCUGUCUCUGAGAGGGAACCAGAUGGACAACUACAUGACAGAGUUGCCUUGUCUAAAGAGGCUGGAAAUUGUAGACUUGUCAGACAAUAAGCUAAGUCAUUUGCCCCCUGGCCUUGUAUGCUCUCCCCUGGAACACCUGGACAUUCGCAGUAACUACCUUCAGGACUUAGAGAAACCUGCCACUGCGCACUGGUCUAGCAGCCUCAGAUAUCUGUUUGUUGCUGGCAAUCCAUUCAGCUGCUGUGCACUGAACUGGCUGGAUGUUUUACAGGCGACCAGUGUGCGUAUGCUGGACCUGAAUGAAACACUGUGCUUCUACCAGGAUCAGAACAGGACCUUAUCUGUCAAGAUAACUAGCAACCCUAGGCACCUCUGUCCUGGUCAGAGAAAAACUAGCUUCCUAGUUGUCCUGUUGUUGGUGAUGGUUCUCUGCUUUCUGUUUCUCACGUCUGGGAUAUACCACCUGAAAAAGCAUAGGAAGUUACAAAAGUACUUGGGAUUCAGAAGCAAUAGAGUGGACCCUAUUCCUUGUCAUCUAGACAGAGAGAAGAAAACUCAACAGGUACCAGCAGACAGUGUUACAAAAGUAUAGUACUGCAUGGAAGAGAGGGAAUAAUAUCUAUACGCACAAUAAUAGUAUUGUAUAUCAGGCACCUUCUUGUCACUGAUCUCUUCCAGACUUCACAUAAGGCAAUAAAACAUGAACUAUAAGAGUGCAAAA